AUGAAUUUGGCGUUCGUUCUUUUACUCUUUACUAGCUUAGCUGCUGGAUUAAGUUUUCCCUCUAGGGCUACUUCAUCUGGCUUAGUUUCUCAAAUCGGCUCGCUGACCGAGAAAUCUAGUACCGAAUCGAAUGAAAAUUCAAACUUUGAUUCCUUAAGUUCUCUGACUGUUUCUCUGUCUUCUAUUCCAACGAUCGCUGACGCGACUAUUCCGUUGGUCAUUGUCUAUGUUACCCCUCUGGAUUGUAUUGUUCCCAGCGCUACCCAAACUGGUUGCUCGGGUUCUCGCUGUGCACAUGGAUCGGGAUCUGCAGCUGUUCCACAACAUACGGAUCAUUGUAUCACAAUGGGUGAUUCGAAGUUUUGUAAAAAUGCCGAAACUCCCAGAGCUGGUGAACCUACAACUACCUCCACCAUCUUUCAAACUGUUCUGGUCACUAAAACAACUCCUUCUACUUCGUGCAACAUGAUCUUUUGCAGCACAAUGAUGUUGACCACUGUUGUUCCUACAACUAUCUUGUCUACCUUAAAUGGAUUCAAUGAAGCUGAGAAAAUUGGAGAAAAACCCAAUCAUAAAGGCAACCCGAAUUUUCACGAUACUCAAAACCUAGUUGACUCUUGUAAAGGAAAUAAUUGCGAGACUUUUGCACUGCAAAUCAGUGUGGUGCCAAGUACUUCGAAGAUUAUUAUAUCUGCCACGAAUACCUUACAAACAACACAGCCAGAGCGCAUUAGGCUCGAUGGAGCUAUUGUAUCAGGAUUGGAUUUAACUUCUGUCGAUAUCGAUUCCAAUUCAAGGACAAGAGAGGCUAGCCAUAAACUUUGUCCAGAAUCGAUCAAAUGUCUUGAUACAAAAACUUUGCAGCCUUCUAUGUCUAAAUCAGAACAAGUAUUACCUAAACUGUCGUCUAUUGCGGGCUUUGAACAUGGCGCUGCUGAAAUCAAUGAUGCUCCAACUCCAAUCCGUCAAGACAAUAAGGUGAACGCAGAUCUGGGCCUUCCUCAUCCUGAAGUGUGUGAUGAAGAUAAAUGUAGCGACAGCGGUGUACCUGGUGAAAAUAUGACGAACCCUCAAGGACACAAAAUUUCAUCUGACUCACCGAAUGACAGGAACAGAAAGACCAAUGAUUUGACACCACACGAAUCUGUAAUUAGGAAGGAGGAUGGAUCAAAGCAAAACCCUCAAACUGAGUUAAUUGAUGCUACCCCAAAGGAGCUCAAUGAAAACCUCACAUCUUUUCCUGAUAAGAUAGAGUCUGGAAAGGAAUCCCAAGUUGGUUCCAAAACCUUCCGAAAUAUUCCACCAGAGGCUAAAGCAAAUGCUCAAAAUGCCAAGACGAAAGACAUCGAACACAAAGACAAGAAUACGAGCGAUAUACCUUUGGCGAACUAUAGUCUUGAGCCAGGAGUUUGUUCUGACCUUGGUACCGAGUGCUCGCACUCAAUACUAAUUGAAUCCAAGAAAGAAGCAAUCGUCAAUACGGCGAUUUCCAGUUCAAUCCACAUAACUGUUAAUCCCGAACUCACUAGUCUUAGCUCUUCUUCCCAGCCUAGUUCCAAAAGGAUGCAUCCAGUGGCGAUUGCUUCAGAAACACGCAGUGACUCCAUUGAAAGUUCCGCUGUUUCUGCUCCUGGAAAAGUCGAUUCAAAUAAGCCAGAUACAAAGGACGAUUCAUCUGUGCCAUCCAGAGCCGAAAAUGAUGCUCCACAAAAGAAGAAACCACGUCCACCAAAGAUUACCUUGCCGCCAUACACACUCGAAGAUGUCGAGAAGCUCGAAAAUGAUAUCAAAAAGGGAGAGAAUGGAGCAAAUGGCUUUUCUUUCAACUUUGAUUUGGACCUUGAUAUAGACGGGCCAGAAGUUCAUAUUCACGAACCAGGCUUUGAUGUUCCCUCUGUUCCUGAUAUCAAUGUUCAGAAAGAGUCCGAUGUGAAGUCCAAACAAUUUGAUGUGACCAUUUCUGCUCCUCUGUUCAAAAGCUUUUCGAAUUCGACCAUUCUGUCUUUGUCAAGCCUGUCUGCCGCUUUUGCGGUUCCUUCAGAAAAACACUCUGUUACUUCUUCUAUCAGACAGCAUUCGUCUCAUUAUGUAUCUGAGACUUCCGCACCGGAAUCGUUUGUGGGCAUCAAUACUUCAAAAACUUCUUCCCGCCCAAGUCUGAGCUUGCAAACAUACGGACGGCAAUCUCUGUCGGCAUAUCUUUCGAAAAGUAAGAUCAGCAGCAAGAGCCAUUCGAGUGAUCAAUCUUCAUCGAGAACUGUUCGGACGCUGAGAUCAAAUGGACCAAACGUGCCGAGAGUUUCUUCCAUUCAGCUGUUACCUUCCUCGAGCUAUCGAAUUUCGAAAUCUUCUUUUCUGAGCAGUAUUUCGCAUUACAAUUCCUCUAAAGCAGAGAAGGGCCUGAAGUUCACUAAUCGUCAUCUAUCUGGCAGUUCAGUUUCCUUGGAUGUCUCCAUCAAACAUGUUAGCCCUGGGACUUCAGCUCCGAGCCUACAGAGCAGUUCCAAAGCGAAUGUCGCUCUGAAAUACUCUUCGAGUUCCGUGACUCCGAAGGCUGCGUUCACCUCCUCCCUGAUUGUCAGACCAAGCUCUUCUAACUCCUUGGCUGCAAGCAUUAAAUGGUCUGACUCGAAAGCUUCGAGAAAAGCUCACAGUUCCACUUCUUUGAAGAAGUCUCUGGCUUCUGGGUUUUCCAAGUUUCCUGGAAUCGCUGAUGUUUCAACGCCUAAGAUUCACAGUUCAAACUCGCAAUCGUCUCUUUACCACCGCUUCCCGUACACACCAAGCAGCAGCGGAAUCUCGAGUAAAUUCUCUUCUGCUACCUCUAGUAUUAUUCCUCAGGCCAGCUCAAAAAGAAGUUCAAGUACCGGUGGAGUUCAGAGGCUGGCAUCUAGUGUGAAGUCGAACUCUCCCAGCAAGCCACAUAUUUCGACGAAGAUGACAAAAACAUCCAGCUCCUCAUCUGUUUUGUCUAGAUCAUCUACAGCUUCGUCGUCUUCCUCUUCAGGCUUCACCGGUCAAAGAGUGUACGAAGUGAAGUGGCACCAAGUGAAGAUCGUUAGACAGUUACCAAGGCAAAAUAAAGCUCCAGACCUAUUCAGAGAAAUUGAUGACGUACGUCCAACAGAUAUCUUUACUCCGAGAAGUCUGACUGUUGAAAUUCCCAAAAAUGUUGAAAACUAUAGUGAACCGGUUCAGACCAACAAGUUCUACGGAAAUCUUCUCGUAGGAACUCAAAAGAACGUCACUUUUACACAUCCUUACGCAUUCUACUGGGAUGAUGAAUCGCAUUUUGGAUACGGUGUUCAACGCACUGUUGAGGAGAAAGUCACUACGGGACCACCUUCUGGAACAGGCGGCAGCGAGUUCUUGACUAAUCCACUCAAAAUGCCAGACAUUUACUUUUCCGCUACAAGCAUGAACUCCGAAAAUAACCAUCUCACAGUGACAGAUCCUCGCGCCAUGUCCGUGGUCGUGAAUCUUCACCCCAAGCCAGAGGACAUGGACGAGAAUUUCAUCGAAAUGCCCUUGGUACAAGGUAUGGCAUUUGCCACAGCAGUUUAUCAUGGAAAUUUGAUUCCUCGGUUAUCGACUUCUGAAUCCAUCAUCAGCUUAGUCAAAGAGAAUGUGGGCACGCACCGACCAAGGGUACAACAAUAUAGAGCUAAGUUCAGCUCAGGCAACGAGUGGCUCCUCUUUGCGACUUUGCCUGAAGAUAACAUCCCAUUUGAACUCACUAUUAAAGAUAACAAAAUUGUUGGAUCAAAGAGUGUUGACAAUCUUAUCAUUCAGGCCGCGGCAGCGCCAGAAGACACAUUUCACGACGGUUUCUACCACCAAAGUGCCGGCCAAUACUUGGUUGACGCCGAUGUAAGUGGUAAAGCUGACGGCAAAGAUGCUACUUACGAGAUUAACUACGUAACUAAAGGUCUGCUGCUGUUCGAAACUCCCUUGGUGUUUGCAUUACCACACCAUUUAGAAUCCAUGGAUAAGGACACGAAAAGAGCAAAUGUUGGUAUUCAAUUACCGUCAGCUACAAAAGGAACCAUGUCAGCGUUCUUGACCCCUAAUUUAAAAUUCAUCGAGAAUCUCAAUCUUGACGUUCAGUGGGGUCCAUGGAAAGAGGGAAUGGGACUCGCAGCCAAGUAUGCCAAGGAGCAGCUCGAAGACAUUAAGGAUGCUGCAGUUGAAGAAAUUAGCAACAUUGACAUUCGGAACGCUAUUACACAGAUCAAAGACGUGUACAAUAGAGGUAAGUCUCUUGACAAGUAUGCGCAAAUCCUAUAUGUUCUCAAUGACGUUGUUGAGGAUGUAGACUUGAGCAAGCAAUUGCACAAAGCUUUGGAUGAAACAUUUGACGAUUUGCGUAACAACAAAAUCAAGAACGAGCUCCACUUUGACACAACUUGGGGAGGAAUCACCCCAUCCUUGCAACACAACAACAUCAAGAAUCAAAUUUCUAAGCUUGAAAAUAAGCUUUUCGAUGACCACCAUUCUAACUACGGUUUUUACGUUCAUGCUGCUGCCGUCAUGGCCCAUGUGGAUAAGACAGGGGAGUUUUUGCGCAAAAACAAGGAUUGGAUUAACGCAUUGGUGAAGGACGUUGCCAACCCAAUUGAUGAUGAUUUUUUCCCCAAAUCCAGGCUGUUUGAUUGGUAUCACGGACAUUCUUGGGCUUCGGGUCUCCUUGAGGACAAGGACGCCAAAGACCAAGUCUCGUCCUCUGAAGAUUACAAUUUCUCCUACGCAAUGAAGCUAUGGGGACAAGUAAUAAAAGAUGCCGCCAUGGAAAUGAGAGGAGAUUUGAUGUUACAAAUUCAAAAGCGGGCCAUGAAUCUGUACUUCCUUUUGGAAGAUAACAAUAAGAUCAUGAACUCAGCGAUUAUUCCUAACAAAGUCGCCGGAUCAUUGCAUGAAAACAAAAUUGAAUACAACAGCAAUCUGGGUGAUUGGCGCAAAUUGAUUCAUGGUAUCAAUAUGUCACCAAUUACACCAGCUUCAGGAAUUAUCAGAAAUCUGAACUUUGUGAAGCAAGAGUGGGAACAAUUGCUAGACAAAAUGGAGGUCAACGAUGGAUGGGCUGGAGUCAUGCAAAUGAACCGGGCUCUCUACGAUGCCAAAUCUGCGUACAAUUUUUUCUCCGGCUCAGAUUUCAAAUCGGACUUUUUGGAUGUUGGCCAAAGUAAAACAUGGGCAUUGACGUACACUGCAGCCUUGGCCAAUGCAGAGGACAUCAUCGACUUUAUGGAUUGA